AUGCUGGUUCUUAUCGCAGUCGAUCGAUUUGGAACUGUGGUUUUUCCCCUCCGUUCCCCACUGAUCAGUUCAAACCAGUGCCGCUUCUUCAUUCUCGCCACUUGGGUCAUUGCCAUGGUUGUCAGGUGCCCCGUUUUGUUCUUCUUUAAAGUUUUGGAGUAUCCAGACGGUCUGGUAUGUACGCCAUUGCGGUCUCCCUACUUCAAACACUAUACUGUGGCGAUGAUCGCCGUUGUCUUUUAUGUCCCAUUAGUUUUGAUCACCAUACUUUACCUAACCAUCGCUAUAACAAUCAAAUCUCAGAAAACUGCGGGCGAACAAUCAGUCAGCAGAAGAGGACAACGUAUAAAGAGAGAGAAAAUCGUCCUGAAGAUCUCUAUUGCUAUCGUGUCAGCAUUUACAAUGGGCUGGCUGCCACUCAGUAUCUGGUGGUUGGUGUACUUCUAUUCAUCAGACAAAACAGUGAUAUGGUCUUGUGGAUUUCACUAA